UGUUUUACUCCCGGUGAAUUUGUUUGUUUUUAUUUUUGCGAUCGUUGUAUUAUCUUCAUCGAUUGAUCUUCACUUUACAAGCAAAAAUAAUUCGAAUCGUCAAAAUGUCUUAUUCAAGUGCAAUGCGUCUGUUUUGCCAAAAAGUAUUUGGUUUUAAAAUUGAGUUAAUGAGAUGGUGCAACCGAAUGGAUUUGUUAGCUAUAAGCACCGACAAGGGAGAAGUCAUCAUUCGUCGCCUGAAUUUUCAGCGAAUAUGGACACAUCCUCCACCGAGGGAUGGCGUAAAGGUUCGUGGCAUCGACUUUCGGCCGGAUGAAAAGAUUAUUGCUAUCGGUUACAGUACAGGCUUGGUGGUCCUUUUGGAUAUCGGCAGUCAACACGAAAUAUAUUCGUUCAAUCUCAAAAGUGACAUUACAUGCUUUGGCUGGACACAAAACAGUAAAGAAAUCGAAGAUAACGGCAAUGACGACAGUCCAUUCGGAUCACACGAAACGUACCUGCCACAAUUGCCCAGUUUCAAUUCCCUUUCGUCCGGUGCAAGAAAGUCCGAUAACGUGUCCACCAAAUCGAGUUCGAAACGGAUUUUAAAUCUGCUGGUGAUUGGUUUGACGUCGGGUGUUGUACACACAUCCGUUUUUGGCAUUUUACCAUGCGGUCAAAUAGACGUAGCUGCACAGAUAAAAAUUCCCAGCCACGAAUUCGAGAUUGUCGAUGCCAAAAUGAGUGCCGACUUUAAGCAAACUUUUGUUUUCGUUAAACUGAGCACCAGUCUGAAAAUCUACAUUUUUGAGAAUGACAUUUUUCCGACAUAUUCCCUGCCACUUUUGAAUGUGGCCGUCAAACAUGGACUGAUAUUGAACACAAUGGUGUACAUCGACGAUGUCAUUCAAAGCAUAACUGAAGCAUGGGAAACCGCUUUACUCGAGAUGGAUAUCAAAUUGGCGAAAUAUGCCAGUUCACAAGAGCCCGGAGCAGUAUCCGCUGACUUUUUAGAGCUGCUGAUGUUUGGAGAGCCAUCGGAGCCGCUUGAAUUAUUUCUCACAAGUGAUCUGACGGAAAAAGGUUUGAAAAAGCUCGGCAAUUCGUUUGACAUCAGUUACUCUACCAUCCAGAAACUAGUGGUUGAGCCACUUCAUUCUGGCAUUCUGAAUAUCUGCUACCAUCUGAAUACCGUGAAGGGAAUGAGUCGAAACGUUUAUUUCUACAAGCCAAUUUUGGGUGCGCUGUCGAACAAAGCUGUACAAAAUGCUGGUGCAUUUCUAAUCAAAGCUAUGGAACUACAGCAAGCAAUCGAACAAUCGACAAGAGAUUACAAGAUAUUUUGGGCCUGGUUAAACAGUGUCAUCAUGCGACUGAUGGAUGAACCAGUUCCGGACGAUAUUGCAGCAUUUUCGCAGCAAGACAUCAUCUAUUUGGCGGAGUUUCUGAGUAACUUCGAUAUAUUCGAUGAAGAAGAUGGCGAUUCCGAGCCGAUGACCCGAAAGAAAUUCAAUUUGGAACGAGUGGGUCAAUAUUUGGAAAAUAAAAAUCUAGAAAUCGAAUCGAAAAAUGAUACGACGCAAGAGUGGAAUCAAUUGCUGGAAGAAAACGAUUGUCUGAAGAACUGUGAAUUGAUCUAUCCGCAUCACAAGAAUCUGUCGCUGGUGCAGCAGCACAAUUUACUGAAAACAUGCAUUACGGAACUGUUCGCCACGCCCGAAACGUUAAUUGGCAAGGAAUUCCGAUUGAAAACCGAAAUCAAUUGUUUCGAUUUGCUGGAAACAUCCACCGUGGUGACCAAUCAUGUCAAUGUGGAGGCCGAUAAUGUUAGUCUGCUGGCAACGUUAAUCGAUAAAAAUCAACUGAUGAUAAUCGAAUUCAAUCCAAAACUGAAUACAUUCGGAUCGGUGCGCUUGUUCUUCCAACCGCGACCGUUUAUCGACAUCAACGACAAAUUUUCAUCAUUUGGCACAUUGAAAUUCCAUCACAUGCAAUUCUACAACGAAGAUAUUUUGUCGAUUUUAUUGGACAGUCAAACGGAUGCCCGGCAAAUGAAUUGUUUCAUCCAAUUUCCGUUGUCAGCCUUGAAAUCGAAAUUCGCCAUGCAAAGAGUUAACUUCACCGCCACUGUUAUGUCAACGACACCGCUCACCAACUGUUAUGAUGUGCUGGAGCCAACAUCGAUACGUGUUAUUGACGGAUUCGAUGGGUACAUGAUAGCCGUCUCAGGGAAUCGGAAAGUUGCAUCAAUUCUGUCUGAGUCUCAAAAACGAAUUAGACUUUACGAAAUGGAAGUGGAAGACGAAGAUGAAGAAAUGGAACCUGCACUGGAAGCGUCUUUUUCAUAGUUUUGUACUGAGAAGAACACAAAUAGAAUCAUAUUGUCCAAGACACACAA